UAAGUUUUGAGCCCAUGCUUCGGUCAAACCAAUUUGAUAUCGUAAUGUAUGUCACCAUCAACUCCUCACAACGACGGAAGUCAUGGGCCAUGGGAUCUUUCUUGCUCAACUCUUGAUUUCACUGUUUUAAUGGAUUGCGUAUUUCCUGAAAAUUAAAACUAAAUUUAUAUUCAAUCGUGCCAUCAUUACUAGCCCUCAUCUCUGUCUCCCUUCUGUAUCGCGCGCCUGAACUUCGAAUCCAAGCGCUGAAACCUAACUCUAAGUUUUAACCUCCACUGAUCGAACGAAGCUUCCGCCACGGCUCAUGCGACGUCUAGCAGUUUGGGAGCCGUUUUUUUUUUUUGCCUUGCAAAGCCCCGCAACCGAGUUAUUUAUCAUCGUGGUAUGGUAUGGGCGAGAAUUAGCAAAUCUCUUACCUGCAUGAAUUGUCCAAUUGUUCGAAUGGAGAACACCACGGAAUACUCCGAAUACAAAUCCAUGCUACGGAGUAAUAGCAACGAGGAUAUAGGCCAGGGCGAUGACGCAAUGACCAACAAUAAUUGACACAGCGGAGUGUCUGCUUCGCUCCCUGUCGGCGAUGAAAAGGAUUAACCAUGUCCAUAGAGAGGUCGCCAGGCUCGUGAUCACGGCAAUAAUGAAUAUGAUACAGGAUUUUCGCUUCCCGCGUUAUUCAUGUCUUCAGAGCUAUUGGACAUGGUUUAUGUCUGCAGGCGGCCUAUCGGAGCAUCGCCAACAUCUUACUAUGUAAGCUCACCACUCAUCCCAGUUCGUCACCCUCCAUUAUCAUCAGGUCUCGCCAGCUCUUCACUUCCAGCACUUAAGAAUCACGAAUGGGAGCUCUUCUGCCGGUCUGCUUUAUCUCUCAUUUUCUCGUCCCACUGCUCUACCCCGCACAAAGACCAGGUGUGUCUGUUCACGGCUUGGAAUUCUAGAAGAGAAAGAUCUUCUGAAGUGUGGGGAACGGGAUAUUUCUGGGCACAAUUUUCAAGAUAUUUCUGUGAAUACAACACGGCCUGCGCCCGGGUCCGAAGAAUGUGUACUUCGUCGCUGAAAUGGAAGAGGGGGGCCGAGGAGGGGUCAACAAAAAAAAAAAGAGAAUAAAAUAUUGACCUUUUCCAUUGGAAUUACCUUCAUUAGCCGACAGAGAAACGCAGAUGAAUAAGCAAACCAAAAAAAUCUGAAACAACACCAUGGCGGCAAUGCUUCAGCAAUCUUUGAAUCUCAGUGCAACGUCUGCAAUUUCCAGCGGCUGAAUGUUAUGGAUAAUUUGGCGCGUAUCAUGAAGCGGAUUUCCAGGGAUGGGCCUGUCAUUGAACACAACAAUAAGAAAUGCAGAGAGCGCCAACCACAAGGAAGUCUUGUCUCCUUGAAUCCUAGGCUCUCUUUUUUAGCUACUUGCCUGUCGAGUAGUAUCGAGGGAAUUAACCCGAACGGACUAUAGUCCUGAAAUGGUCCUACGAACGGACUACAGCCCUGAAAUGAUCCUACGUCAGUGGUGAUGGGGGCCUGGCGACAAUUAAUCUCUUACAAGCUAGGGUGAUAAAUACCUAGAGGAUUUCCUGUCUCAGGCGCACCAGCCUGCAAUAAUACCCACAUGCGCUGCUUGCUCCGCUGACUUUAGUCCUAAUCAGGGAGAGAUGCAGUGUUCCCUGGAGGUUGGCACAUUGCCCAAUCCAGCAUCGCGCGCAUCGGCAUUGAACGCGCACCUUGCGUGUGUUCGUCUUCAAUAUCGCGUGCCCUUUCUUCAGCCUUGCAGUCGCUAUCUAAAUUUGGCAAUCAAAGCCCAAUCUGGGUUAUCUACGUCAAUAUACACGAAUCCAGGUGCGUACACAUAACAAAUGCUAGUUCUUGUUCCCGAAAUAUAUGUUUCGGCUUACAAACCCCUGGUAACGAUGACCAGACACUACAGUCCCUCCCUGAUACACUGAUAUGAAGCUUGGGAGGCAUCCCCACUGGGAUAUACCUGGAGAGCUCUGCCUGGCUCUGGAGCGGUAUUUCGUGCGCGUCGAGUUCCCUCCGGGCUUGACACCAGCCCCUGUUCAGCCACAUUCGCUUCCCGUUGGGCUAGAGUGCGCUACGUGGCGAGUGGGGCUAGCUUAAGAUAGCCCUCUCUCUUGUUUCCUCUCUGAUGUUUCACCAUUAUGGAGAAAGUGGACACGGGAUCAAAACUGCAGUCCUACUGGACGAAAAAGUCAUGGAGAACACGCUCUUCAUUUUAAUCUGCCUAUCAACUCUCACGAAAGCUCGAUAUGUCGCGAAAGAGAAUUAAAAGAACCGAUGAACCUGGCUCCUGAUCCUUACGCAUAAUGAUCUUCGAACCAUAAAAUUUGCAAAUCAUUGUCAGGGUUUUCAUCAUUUCGAGUGCCUGGCCCGCAAGGCAGCUGCAUGAUAAAUAGUCAACCACCAUGCAAUCUCGCAAGGAAGGUGGAAUGCGACCCUAUAACAACCAACUUUAUAUUUUCGACCUCGAAUCAGCCAAAUUAUACGAAAGGGUGGCUGAUUUCUGAGACAGUGAGAUUCCCGAUGAGAUCGAUUAUCUAGGAAGUGGAAGGUAAUAUAUACAUACCCGUCCACCGGCCUGCCUUGAUCUUUUUCCUCCUGGAAUGGAUUUGGGUCAUCGAACGAAUAGAGAAUUCCUCUCAUGCUCUGGACUAUCACGCCGCUUUUCUCUACCCCUCGGCAACUGCCGCGUCAGAGACGGCCAUGGCGAUGACAUUGGAUGCGAAACAGAAUUUUAUUUUGGUUGGAGUUUUGGGGCUUUUCGCGAUAAUGGCUAUGUUCUCACGGCUGCUCCUGCAAAAGAUCCGAAAACGGCCAUUCGGCGCCAGCGACUAUCUCACGAUAUUCGCGCUUGUUUGUUUCUGUGCGCGCACAGCGAUGAGCGUCAUAGUCUUUCUCUGGGGAACGAAUGUCACCAACCCGCCGGAUCAGAUUGAAAGGCAAUUCACGGAAUCUGAGAUCUAUCACCGGGAGAUAGGAAGCAAGUUGGCACUAACAGAUAGGGUCACAUAUACUACUUAUCUCUGGACCCAAAAAACCAUCAUUCUCGUAUUAUACACACGAAUUCCUCCAGGGCUACUGUGGCCAAACCAUAUCCUGAGCAUUACCUUGGCUCUAGUAGCCAUAACUUUUGUCCUAGUCCAAGUUAUCUCAUUCAGCGAAUGCUCCCCUUUCCACCUCUAUUGGCAGGUAGCGCCAGACCCAGGCCCGUGUGUUAAAACCAUUUUACAUUCAUUCGUACAUACCAUAACAAAUACUCUGACCGACCUUUUACUCCUCGCCAUUCCUCUUCGCUGGGCCUUUCAAAAAGGCUGGUCUCUUACACGGAAAUUCCUCCUCGCCUCCCUCUUCUCCCUCGGCAUUCUCCUCAGUGCCAUCGCCCUAGCUCCCCUCCUCAUACCGGGCCGCGACGCAACUAAUAGCUAUCAUAACGCCCUUAAAGACGCAGAGGCGUUCCUGCUCGCCUUCCUGGCCAAUAUCAUCACCAUAACGGGCCUAGACUACGAUCCAUCAGACGAGGACGACACGCCCUUCCUAACCUCGAACAGCAAGCGGCACUCCAACAGUAGCGGGUUCAGAUCCUUAUUUGACAGGAAGAUCAUAGUAACCAGCAACUUUGAGAUGCAGUCGCAAACUGCCAGUCCCGCGCGGGUUCUGCAGAUGUUUCCGCGCCACCCCUGGGCGGCUGUUCAGCGGCUGAGUAAUGAGAAUCUCAUUACGCGGGCAAGAGGGGGUCGUGAUUUGUGAUUAUAGAGAACGUGGGUCUUUUCCUCGAGUCAUUCUUUAUUAUAUUCUUCCUAUUUUGUCUUCCUUUCUUUGGGAAUGUGUUGAUGAUGCUUGCAUUACCGGUAUACCCUCUUGGGCGUUGAUUUAAAAAAGAAUUUUGAUUUGGAGAAAUUUGAUUGCUUUAGAAUCUCUUUUGAGUUAGUAGAAAAGAAGAAUUAUUUCACUCUCAUUUUAUUUGUUCCGUUACAGAAGUGAGAUUCGUACGGUGAAAAAUAUAUCUGACUGAGCUAGAGCGGUACGUACGUAGUUUGAGAAGUUUUUUUGUCAUUGUUCUCAGGGUGUAGAAUGAGUGCGUUCUUCGAGCAAAGUCGUUGUGAUCUCGCUGUCUCUCUCUGCCUCUCUCUCACCUAGGUCAUAACCACCAUGAUAGAAAGCAGGCGUUUUGGAUGUGGAGAUAAAAAGGGAAAAAGAAGGUGAAAAAUAUGUUUCGUUUGUAAUGUACAUACAUGUACAUACUGUAGAUUGUCUGGGUCCGUCCGUUCCCAAUAGCUCUUCGCCGUCCCGCUAAAAUCAUAAUUGAGUAGUGGUGAGCCACCAACCAAUGCCCUCACUGGCUCAACAGGCUCACUCCCCUGCCAGUCGCCGUUGAACUGCUUCAUAAUAGUGUGUUGUUUGCUGCUCUCUGUGACUGCCUUUUCAUUCUAAAGCUACGCAUCAACAUCGAUGAGAUUUGUUCUAAUAAGCAUGAUAUUAUUUAUUACUUGACUUGUUUGAUAUUCCCGUCAUUCAGGGAUGAAUUGAGUCCAAUCCAACUGAUUCGGUGACCUAAGGGCAAUAUCCCUACGUGCUGCAGCGUAUCUAAACGAGAUGAAGGAAAUUGAGGGUUGGGUAAUGAAUUGACGGGUGUCAGAAGGAAAACAGAAGGAGAAAACGCCGAGAGAUCAAUGAAUGACGACGGGGGAGGCAAUAGAAGGUUCAAACAGGGCCAUCCGCAUACCGCACAUUAUCAGCUGGCAGUUCGACUGGGGUUUCUUGUGUCUGCGGCAGCGGGGAAGUGGGCAUCUCGCUCACAUACCUCCCACCCAUCACACCUGGAUCGUACUUUGCCGCCCCGGAAGCCGGAUUCGGCAACCCAGUAUCAUCCAGCUCGGGAAUCCGAUUCUUCGACUCGGCCGCCAUAACGGCUUGCGAAUGGGCUUGGGAUAACCGUGCAUCUUGGUUCUGCGUGCGCUUCCGCUUGUGCCAGAUAAGGAACCAUAUAGCUAGUCCGACGAGCGCGAUACCAGCCACUGCGCCAAUGACGAUGCCGGCAAUGGCGCCCCUUCCCAGCUUGCUGUCCGAGUUCGCGGAGCCAGAGUCAUUUGCGGGGUCAGGAUCGCAGGAACCCGCGGCGAGACUGACUAUAUCUGUCUCUUCUGUUGGGUUGGCUUGCCAGAUGGAGAACCUUUUGAGAUCGUUGUUGACGUGUAUGUACACGUAGGAGAGGAAGGAUUGGCCUAGGGAAGCACCCUGCCGGCCAGCGUUGUGGAUUGGGAUUACACGGGAGUCGUUGGCG